GACCAGGGGGCCGACUGAGUGAUGCGGCCCGGUAGACCACAUUUGCUGAGGGACAGCAAGACGCGGAUCGGCACUGUGGGGACAGCUGGUAGAAGACACGCUAGAUGCAAAGCUGCGAAUACAGCCGCCAAGUGAUGUAGUCCAGAACUCCGGCGCGCUGCGUCCUGCCCGGGGUCCGACCCGCCUUUAGGAUCCUCCUCAUCCGCAUCCUCAUCAUCGUGCGGAGGAGAUCCAUCGCAGCGCGCCGCGAUGGACUCGCGAUACCCUCGAUUGGGUGUGCCGUUCGGAUAAUUGGCGUGUGUCAGCGCGAGGCGUCGGACAGCGCUGAUUGGCUGCACACCUGGAUCUCCAGCCCGUUUCUUUGAUUCGCACGCCUCUUUCAGCUCGCGCUGUGUCGCUGGCCCCUCGCGCGCUCCCCCUGUCAGGAGUCGCCGGUGUUUGCUGAGGGUCGGCUCUCGGUUGUCCGGCGGGAGGAACAUUUUAGGCUACGUGUAUUGUCUGUGCAUCAGACCGUGCGCACCCUGUAAGUUGCCACCGCGGGGGCCCGCGGGUGCCCCGGCGGGGGCUUCCCCGGGCCUGCCUUCUGAUGAUUAAUCAGCAACAGCUGAGGCUCUCCGGGGGGGCUGCUGAGUCCGUGUUUUCGCGCGUGUCAAGUGGCCUUCCAUAGGUGGUGGGUGGAGAAAAAGCACAGCCCAGUGCUGGACCCCGGGGGGACGGUCAGUGUGGUAAGGACCCUUGAGACGAAGGAGGGUGCAUGGAGGGUUCAAGGCCUGUAAAGCCGGGGUCGUCAGCCUGCCUCUGCUUUGGGCUGCUCUCUGUUGCGGUGGCCUUCCUUUGUGCAGACGCCCGGACCACUCCGAGCCCUCUGCUGACUCCCAGCAAUGCCACGUGCAGUGGAAACGCCGGAAAGUGUCGAGCGGGGAUCAUCCUGCCCAUCUGGUAUCCCGAAGAUCCCUCCAUGGGAGACAAGAUCGCACGGGUCAUUGUGUAUUUUGUGGCCAUGAUCUACAUGUUUCUCGGAGUGUCCAUCAUUGCCGACCGCUUCAUGGCGGCCAUUGAGGUCAUCACCUCCCAAGAGAGGGAACUUGUCAUCAAAAGGCCCAAUGGGGAAACAACCACCACCACGAUUCGGGUGUGGAAUGAAACUGUGUCAAACCUCACCCUCAUGGCCUUGGGCUCGUCCGCCCCGGAGAUUCUGCUCUCUUUAAUCGAGGUUUGUGGACAUGGAUUCCAAUCGGGCGCGCUCGGGCCCGCCACAAUAGUCGGCAGCGCAGCCUUCAAUAUGUUUGUCAUCAUUGGCCUCUGUGUGUCCGUCAUUCCCCAAGGAGAGGUACGCAAAAUCAAACACCUCAGAGUGUUCUUUGUCACUGCGGGCUGGAGCGUCUUCGCGUACAUCUGGCUCUACAUGAUUCUGGCCGUGUUUUCCCCCAACGUAGUCCAGGUCUGGGAGGGUCUAGUCACACUGGCCUUCUUCCCCAUAUGCGUACUCCUGGCGUGGGUAGCGGACAGACGGCUGCUCUUCUACAAGUUCAUGCACAAGAAGUAUCGCACCGACAAACACAGGGGCGUCAUCAUUGAGACGGAGGCGGAGCGAUCCAAGGGGAUCGAGAUGGACGGCAAGAUGGUCAACUCUCACUUCAUGGACGGAGGAGGGCCCAGCAAUCUCAUCGGCCUGAUCGAAAGCAAAGAGGUGGACGAGUCCAGGCGCGACAUGAUCCGCAUCUUGAAAGACCUGAAGCAGAAGCACCCAGAGAGAGAGAUGGAUCAGCUGGUGGAAAUGGCCAACUACUACGCUCUUUCGCAUCAGCAAAAGAGCCGCGCCUUCUACCGCAUCCAAGCAACACGGAUGAUGACGGGCGCCGGAAACAUCCUGAAGAAACACGUGGCGGAGCAGGCGAAGAAGAGCGUCAGCGUGCAGCAGGUGCACGUGGAGGAGCCAGAAGAGUACGUGUCUCGGAUUGCGUUUGAGCCUGCCGUCUACCAGUGCCUCGAGAACUGCGGCGCCGCCAUUCUGACCGUCACCAGGAAGGGUGGCGACGUCAACAAGACGAUCUACGUGGAUUACAAGACGGAGGACGGCUCGGCAAACGCCGGGGCAGACUACGAGUUCUCGGAGGGCACGGUGGUGUUCAAGCCAGGAGAGAUGAUCAAGGAGAUAAACAUUGGCAUCAUAGACGACGACAUCUUUGAAGAGGACGAGCACUUUUUUGUGCGGCUCAGUAAUCUGCGGGUCCUGGAGACGGAGGACGAGGUGCUGUCCCCCAACAGUCUGCAGUACCCGAAAGCCAUGCUGGGCUUUCCCACCGUGGCCACCGUGACCAUUCUGGACGACGAUCAUUCGGGCAUCUUCACCUUUGAGAGCAACUCUGUGCACGUGAGUGAGAGCGUGGGCAUCAUGGAGGUGAAGGUGCUGAGGACUUCUGGAGCAAGGGGGACGAUCAUUGUGCCUUAUCGCAGCGUGGAAGGACUCGCCAAGGGAGGAGGGGAGGACUUUGAAGACACCUAUGGAGAGCUGGAAUUCAAAAACGACGAGACCUGCAAACUUAUUCACGUGAAAAUUGUUGAUGAUGAGGAGUAUGAGAAAAACAAGAACUUCUUCCUGGAGCUGGCUGAGCCUCGCAUGGCAGACAUGAGUCUGCAGAAAGAGACUUUGACGAGAAGAUCAAUAACACUCUCACGUCUGCACUGUAAAAAUGGAACUACUGGCAGCAUCCAAAGACCGAAAUUGGGGGAAACGGCCAGCGUGGCUUCUUCCAAAGAUGUAACAGACAGGAAGAUGACGUCAGACGAGGAGGAGGCCAGGCGCAUCGCAGAGAUGGGAAAACCGGUGCUGGGGGAACACUCCAAGCUGGAAGUCAUUAUUGAGGAAUCAUACGAGUUUAAGAGCACGGUGGACAAGCUGAUCAAGAAGACCAACCUGGCGCUGGUGGUGGGAACCAACUCCUGGAGAGACCAGUUCAUGGAGGCCAUUACAGUCAGUGCAGAUGAGGAUGAGGAGGACACGGGGGAGGAGAGGCUGCCGUCCUGCUUCGACUACGUCAUGCACUUCCUCACCGUCUUCUGGAAGGUCCUGUUCGCUUGCGUCCCUCCCACGGACUACCUGAACGGCUGGGCCUGCUUCAUCGUGUCCAUCGUGCUCAUCGGCCUGCUGACGGCCGUCAUCGGCGACCUGGCGUCCCACUUCGGCUGCACCAUCGGCCUCAAGGACUCAGUCACCGCUGUGGUGUUCGUUGCACUCGGCACGUCUGUCCCAGACACCUUUGCCAGUAAGGUAUCAGCAGUCCAGGACACCUACGCAGACGCCUCCAUCGGGAACGUGACCGGCAGCAACGCCGUCAACGUCUUCCUGGGAAUCGGCCUGGCCUGGUCGGUGGCGGCUAUCUACUGGCACAUGAAGGGGAAGCCGUUCGUGGUGGAAGCCGGCUCCCUGGCCUUCUCCGUCACUCUCUUCACCAUCUUCGCCUUCCUGGCCAUCUCGGUGCUGCUUUACCGGCGCCGGGCGCAUAUCGGAGGAGAACUGGGCGGGCCCCGGGGACACAGACUGGCCACGUCAGCCUUCCUUUUCGGCCUGUGGUUCCUUUACAUCCUCUUCUCCAGUCUGGAGACCUACUGUCAUAUAGAGGGUUUCUAAACAGGAAAGACAGAACAUGCAGCGGUUCAAAUACAGCCAAAUUCUCACUGGGGAAUUUGGGUCAGUCUUGUAUGUUAGAAACGACAGGAGCGGUAGACCCAAGGUUUUCCCCCUCUCUCUCUCUCUCUCUCUCUCUCUCUCUCUAUGUCUCUCUCCCUCAACCCCUGCUGUAAGGAUGCUUGGAGGUGAGUGUCCUGCCCUCUAGUGCUGACGGAGUAAGCGAGUGUGCUUACAGUUGGGAUUGGGUUUCCACCGAGUCCAGGAGAUGCCGAGGUGGUCCGGCAUUCCACUGGAAGAGACCGCAGUAAUAUCUGGAGAGAGAUGAGUUAAUCAGAGGUCUAUAUUUUUCUCAACAUCUGGCAAGAACGACUUUUGAAAAAAAAAGGUAUUUUGGGGAUAAAAAUGCAAACAAUAAAUUUAAAAAAAAAGUAAAACACACACACACACAAAGAGGGGAUAAGAGGACUAUUUUCUGAUCUAUGUUAAAGAAUUGCUAAAUAUGAUAUUGUAAAAGGGUGACAGUGGGAUGGAGUCAUAGUAUUUAUUUUUAUUUGCUAAGUUUCCUAAGCAGCACUGCAGAGUUAUCAGAAAUUACACGAAGAGGAAGAAGAGGAGGAGGAGGAAGAGGAGGAUGAGGAGGAGUGCAGUGUUCACACAGGCCGACAAAUCACCAUUCAAACAGUCGAGGAGGAAGAGCUGGACACGGUCAAACUACCCUGAACAUUACUUCCGUACUCUAUACGUAUCUAUAUAUGAUAUAUAUUUCCAUAUUUUCUGUAUAUUUUGAAUAUUUGUUUAAAUGUGGUCACCGUCUGCUCAGCAACAGAGGAUUGCUGUGGAAGAGCGGAUGGGAGAGGGAGGGGGGGUCUAACUAUAUACUGGAAUGAUGUUUUCACAGAGUUAUGUAUCUUGCCUAGGUAAAAGUAUGCCAUCGUAUUUUAUUUAUUUAUGGAUAUCUUGGUCUCACUCGAGUUUUCACCUUUUGAGUCAGAAAAAAAGAAAGAAAAAAAAACUGCAUUGCUGCAGAGAUAAAUGCAAAGGUAUUUUUGUACUUUUCCUUCCAUGCACUUUGCUGCAUAGCUCUAUUUAUGGAGCCUUCUACUUGUGCACGUGCAAAAGGCCGACAAUAAAGGUGUCACUAUGGACUGAACAGAGAGCCUGCGGAGGGAGAGGCGUUCGCUGCAGCCGCCCACAAUGAACAGCUCUUUGCUCAACUUAAGGGUUUCUUCCUACAAUGGUGCCUAACCAUUUUAAAAAGCUGCAUUAAUAUAUUUUUGGCCACUCGGGUGCAGCACAAAACACGACAUCUGGCAUUUGAUAACCUUACAGGGCGGCAUAGCAUCAUUGUGUCGAGCGCCUGGAUUUUAUUGCGUGGUACCCGUAUGUGCUGAGGUGAAGUAACCCAAAGUCCUCACGCCGCUGACUGCUAGCGGCUGCUGAGCACAAGGUGGAGGGUUUCUAUUGUUACUCAUGUUCCUGGGUUCUACUUUUUAGAAACAAGUUCAAGCCUUCAUUAUUUUAACAACAAAUAAAACUAAAACCGUCAGCAUUGUUUGGUGUGUCUGGAUUGUUGACCUAGAUUUGCAAUAACUGUUGCCUGGUGACAUUGUACCUGCAAUAGAUGACGUGGGCCAGCGUUUGCAAUCAUAGGGAGUCGUGGUUUUUUUUAAACCUAUAGAUGUUAGUCAGAUUUUCACAUUUAGCACUGUUUUGUUGGUUUUUGGGCUUUUAGGUUGGUUUUUAGGCUGGAUACUACCUUUGAUUGAUGAGGGUGACAGCUUACUUUUGAGUUUUACAAUUAGUGCAGCUUUAACAAAAAUAUAUCCUAAUUAAAUACAAAAUCUGAGUGGUCUGUUGUAGGUAUUUUGUUGGCUGCGCUUUAGAAAAAUGACUCACAUUUGGCUCAACACUUUUCCAUAACAGCCUUUACUUUAUUCAUUAUGUAAAGAGGGGGGGGGGGUCAGUGCUGCUCAUUUUGGUUGGAAACUCUUCAGAGAAGAAGCAGGUGUGGGUGUGAAUAUGAAAGAAUACUAAAUGCUGGUUCACACACGACUGGUGCUUUGUUUAUGAAAACAAUAGAACCCCCCCCCCACAAAUGAUGGAUGUUGGAACUCCCAGUAGUAGUAAGCAGUAGAAAAAUAUGCUUCUAAUUUAAUUUGAAUAAACGUUAAUAUAUAAUAAGUCCAUUCUUGGCUAAUUUAAAACCACCAGAGAUUACCAAAGAGGUGUGAGGAAACAUCUGCUAAGAAAAAGAAACGGAGGAGUGAGUAAGUGGCAGUGACACUGUGUUGCCGCGAGGGGGGGUGUCAAUCUGUAGUCCCUGUGGUCCUCCCUUCUUCUAUUUGUCCACGUAGCGCUCUUCCCCCUCCUCUUCGUCCUCAGUGUUCUUCCUUUGUGGUGGGCAGUGUUGUAAAUACGUCUUGUGGUUGAAUCGGAUGCCCUUUUCCAGGCCCUGGACCAAACCUGCUCACCCCACUGCGUCUCUAUCGGCCUAUCACACGUAAACACACACACACACACACACAUGCAGAGUAAGUGAUGGAUCCACUGCUGCACAGGAGGGAGGACACUAGGCCGACUGUCCCACUGAGAGGCAACAGAAAAACCCACAUUAUGUACAUAAUAUUCAGUGUAUGUUUACAUAGACACGGCAUAGGUGUCCUGGGGAGGGGUGGGGAGGGUGGGGGGGGGGGGGGGGGGCAUGUCAACAAGUCUCACAUCCCAUCUACAGCUUCAUCUGAGCCAGUUUUUAUUAUCUUAUCUUUUUUGGGGCUCACUUUGUCGCCCUUUUCCUUGUUCAAAAUCCUGAAAUAUUUUCAAUAUUGAGUUCAGCAGGUGUUGAUGAUGUCACAGAAUUACCAGUGUUCCUAUUUUUAUCUUUGCCUUUAGAGGCUGUUUGUGUUGUUUCUUUGGUAGUACUCUUGAUUUUCAUUUUCCGGGGGUGUGAUGCUCUGAACGGCGGCCAGUGUGAGUUUGUGUGCCGUGCAUGUUGCCAGGCUGCGUCCUCUUCACACUAGUGUGUGUGUGUGUGUGUGUGUGUGUGCAUCCAGGUGAGGUUCUUCUUGACAGGAGCUCUCAUUUGAAUCUGUCAUUAUGUCUUAAUUCUGUAAAAGAGCAAAAAUAUUUAUUAUCCAUGUCAUCUCUUAAGGCAGCAUUUUUUUUCUUUUCAUCGACGUUUAGAAAUUGGACUGAUGAUGUUGUGAGACACUGAGUGCUUAAUUGAUCGGUUGAAUACUGUUCUUUUUUACUUCUUUGUUUAACAGAGAGGGACAUAUUUUAAUGGUUGGGUGUUUUUUUCUGGCCUUCAAUGAGAUGUCAAAAUUAAAAAAAAAAAAAAAAAAGCCAAUUUCCAAAGCUCAAAAGUGUUUUGAGAUUAAAGUGUUUUGUUUAUUUUACUGUGGAAUAAAAGCAGCUUUCUGGUUCACAAGCAAACGCUAGUCGUACUGACUAAAACUCGAGCCGAUAUCGUCUGUCUUUGAAUCCGACUAUUCGGCGUGUCGUCACUAUCCAGUCUUGUAUCAGGAAUUUUUAGAUUUAGAAACGAUUUUUUGGAGAAAGACACAAACCGAAUCUUCAACACUCACAAAAAACUUAACAUGAUCUCCAAGUAAUCAUGUUAUUUGGGGUUUCCCAAAACAACAGCUGUAUGUUGCAUCAGUGCACGUUCCCUUUACAUUACACUGCAGUGAAAAAGCACUUACGUGUGUCUCAAAUUUCAAAUUGUCACAUGGAGGUGUGAUUCUUUUCAUUUUGUAUAGAUACUCUUUGUAAAUUUUGUUGAAACCAGUUAUCUCAUACAUUUAUAUCAAUGCUCUUCAUAUCUGUAUUUUGCCCUUCACUGCAUAUAUUAAAUAAACAGAACUGAAUAUUUG